AUGGCGCGCAAUCAGCCUACAUUCGACUUUCUGGCCGGCGCAGAACCCUCGCCGCCACGAAGGCAGCCAUUGCGCGAGACGAUGAAGCAGUCGACCGUAUCGCGAGCAGAUAUCAACAAUGAAGAUCUCCGAGCACAACUGCGCACCGUGCAAUACGAACUGGACUCUUUGAAGCAGGAACGCGAACUGAAUGAGCUGCGACACCAGCAAGAACUACGCGAAGUUCAAAACCGAGCAGAGUCCGACUACAAGCGGGCGCAAGCUGCUGAAAGCGCAAGCACUACCGCAAUCAAGAAAGCAGAAGCUUUAUCCCGUGAUUGGCAGGAGACUCAAGAUCGCGCGGCGAACGAGAAAUUGCAGCUGGAGAAAAGAGUCAGAUCGUUACAAGACGACAAUCGAUCAUUGCGGGACGACCUCGAAGAGGCAAAGGCAGAUUUAGAAUCGGUUGGACGACAGAAUCAACAUGCGUUUAGUGAGCUGGAACAAAAGUACGUGGCGUUACAGACUUCUUUUGAAGACUGUCAGCAGGAUCUCAACGGUAGAGUCGCGAGCCUACAGACCACUCAGCAGAAGCUGGCGCGGAAAGAAGCAGAAGUUGGGGAGCUCGAGAAUGAGGUUCUACGGCUGAAAGCUCAGACUGGAGACUCGGACACUCUUGCUGUGAUCAAGAAGGAGCUCACGGAGCAGGUGACGUAUAUCAGAAAGCUGGAGGCGACCAAUCGUGAGCAGCUCGCAGAGCUGAAGCAGACACGUAGCGCACAAAAGAGCGUUGAGAUCGUGGAAGAGGAGAAGCGCGCUUUAGAGGCGAAGCUUCACAUGUUAGAGGAUCUGCGUAAGGAGCUUGCAGAAUCUCAAUUGCAGAAGCAGAUACUGGAAGACGAGAAGAGAAGCUGGACAGCUUACUUGGAGGCGAAUGCUGCGAACGAGGAGGACAUGCGCUACGAUACUCCCGAGCAGAUGGCAAAAGCACUCCUGCAAGAAAGAAUCGAGCGAAUGAACUUGAUGGACAAACUUGGCGCAAUUCAGCCAGAGCUGAAGGUCCUGGAGCAGAAUUUGCAGAGUGUCGAAGCAGAUAAGGCGCGUCUGCAAGCAGAAUUGGAAGAAGCGCGAAGUAAUGCGGCUAAGAAUGUGGCGGCUGCGCCUGCUGGAGAUGCAAAGGCACGAGCGCGUCUAGAGCGCCAGAAGAAUCUCCUUACGAAAGAAGUGGAAUAUCUUCGAGCGCAGAUGAAGACGUUUGAGGCCGAAGAAGCAGAGUUCACGCCCGAGCAAGUCGAUGAAGCGCACUCGAAUCGCAUACAAGAGCUUGAAAAGUUGGCAGAUCAAUACCGUGCUGAGGUACAGACAUUGCAAGCCGAUAUCAGCAAGCUAGAGACACGGCCACCAGCCACGCUACAGACACCACGAAAGCGAGCCAGGGAAGAGAACGAUGCUGAAAAUGAACGCCUCGGCGAGCUCAAGCGUAAGACACGAACUCUCCAAGACGACCUCGAAAAACUACAAAAACAAAACCAACUCCUCGAAGCCGAACUCAAAGCCAGCGUCGCCCAAAUCAAAUCCUUGAAAGACACCUCACGUACCCGCGUCCUCGAAUUCCGCGACAACCCAACAUCAAAAAUCGAAGCAAUCAAACUAACCACCCUCCAAACGCUCCGCGAAGAAAACGCAGCCUUACUCUCCCAACUCACGUCCAAACCGCACAAUGCGAAAACAGUGCCCCUCUCCACCCUCGAAUCCGCAAACCUCCAAAUCUCAGACUUGAAAGACCAACUCAAACUCUCGGAAAAGAAAAAGUUACGUCUGACGCAACUCUACCGGUCCAAAGGAGCGGAAUUCACGGAAACUAUCGCUUCAUUGCUCGGUUGGAAGGUGGAUUUCAUGCCGAAUGGGAAGGUCAAGGUGACGAGCAUUUUGUACCCGGAAAGUUUUGUGGAUGGGGAGAAGGUGGAGAAUUCUAUCAUCUUUGAUGGCGAGCAGGGGACUAUGAAGGUCAGUGGUGGGGAGAGGAGUCAGUUUGCUGGAGAGAUUUCUUCGCUGGUGGAGUUUUGGGUGGAGGGACGGAAGGAGAUUGUCUGUUUUCUUGCGGCUUGUACGCUGGAGUUUUAUGAGAAGACGACGAGGGCGCAGGGGUGA